GCAUUUGGCGGUGUUUUUAGUGGCCAGCUAUGCGCGCGUUGUUUGUUCUGUUUCUGCGUCCGUCUUUUCAUAUAGAUGAUUAACUGUAACUUCUUGAACAGUUUUUUGGAGGCGCUAUAUUGCUUCCUAUUAUGAGCAGUCGUCCACCAGCUCCUUUUACUGCUGCAAAAUUGCUAUGGGAUCCAGAGCUAAAUCCUUCUUGUCGAACUCUCUUAUAUCGAGUUGAUGGCAUCGUGGAAGGACGAAAUGAACCAGAUCCAGACCCAGUCGUUGAUCCUAGACGUCCUCUACACUUCAGAAAUUUAUGCAAAAAACCAGUCAUUGAUUUGCCUAUCCCUUGUUUUAAGAUUGAUGCAUAUUACGUCGGUGAAAAACCGGAGAAAGAAAUUACGUUUUCCAAUCUGAACGACAAUAUUACCUUCAAAAACUUAGAAGAAAUGUGUCGUCAUUUUGGCACAAUUGUAGAAGCAAAAAUCUAUUAUCAUCCUAAAACACAACGUCACCUUGGUAUCGGAACUGUGGUUUUUACAUCUUCAAAAAGUGCAAGAACUUGUGUGGAGCAUCUUAACCAAACGUCAAAGAUGGGAAACAUUAUGACUGUCCAAGUGGAUCCUUUCGGAAAAAUUAGAGCUCGUUUGAUUGCUGAACAAAUGGCAGAUCUAAUUCCUUUAAAACAAAAUGACCAGCAAUUUUCAGAUAAGCAUUUUACCAACUCAACAUGUGCUCAAAAACCACCCAGUUUAUCAUCACAUGGCUCUUCAGUUUAUCACCAUACUUCUUAUGAUCCUCAUUUAAAUCAACCUCAUUCAUAUUCCAAUCUUGGUGGUCACGCUAUUGUACCUGAAAGUUUAUCACAAACACACUAUAUGACAUCAUCCAAAUCACAUAUUUUUUCAAAGUCCGUUGACAAACAGGAGUUGGAGUUUAGAACAUACUCACAUUCUAAAAAGUCAGUACAUGCUCUGAAUAACAAUGAUAUUACAGAUAUCCCUCAUAUGUCAACACGUGUACAACGCGAAAUAUCAGAUAUUUCAAAUCCCCAAGAAAAGAGUACAUAUGACGUAAUCACAGACCGCAUGCAAACAUCUGAAGUGAAUACAGUCGCACAUAAAACAUCCUGCAAUAACCAGGAUGAUGCGAAGGUUCAGAAGUUACGACAAUGUGAAGAGUCUCUGGAAGCCCGUAUACAAAAAUUACUAAGACUGAACCCUGUACAGUCGACUUCUGAACUAAAAGAUGCUCAACACUGUCCAGUGGUUUCGGAUACUAGCUGCAAAGUUACCGGCAACCUUCCUACUACUUCAGAAACGUACCAGUCAACUAAUGUGCAUGAUAAACUGGAUGAUAUCAAACAGUCAGAAGGGCCUUCCAAAAUGUUAAUACAGAAAGGAAAUACUCAUUCUGAAUCAUCGAAAAACACACAAAUAGUGACAAGUCCCUCAUCUAAUCGUCGUACUCUUCUACCUACACCUGAAGUAUCGAGUGAAAAUAUCAAGGGACCGUUAUUUAGUCUACAUCGCCCACCGCUUUUGAAAACUCCUUAUAAACCUUGUAAUAUUCAGGAAGUUGUGAAGAUAAUUGAAGAUGUCCACAUAGUUUUCAUAAACGAAUUGCGGAGUAUAAUCCAGCGGGAUAUGACUCGAAAGCUUGUUGAAGGUCAAGCAUUCAAGCUGUUUUCAGAUUGGUGGGAUUCCAAGGAUCGAGAGUGCAAAAAUCAUACUAAACCACUGUUGUCGGCGAAUAAUGUACAUCAAACCAAAGAUGAUGUGUGUACUAAUCCUACAGAUAAGUCCAAUACAUCUCAUGAUACUGCUAUAUUAUCACGUAUCGACCAAAAAGGACAAACAAAUCAGUCCAUUUUUCCACCUGUGUCUAAUGCCGUUCCUAAUAAUUCUGCACCAAAUAUCUCAGAUAGCUCUUUGUCUUCCAACUUUAAACUUUUUGGUUUGGGUAUGUUCACUGGUUUGCGAUCCGCCUUACCGAAAAUCAGACGCAAACCUCGUCCACCUACUCCACCAUCACCAUCUGCAAACACCAGUGCUUCACCGUCAAAAAAUAAGUCUCCCACUUUUCAGAAUAAUCACGAUAUAAAUUCCCCUCGUGAAUGUGAUACGAAGCCUACAAGAUCUCCGGUUUGGAAAUCUUGUCAAUCUCGGACACGAAAAGGAAGUGAAACUUCAUGGUCAGAUGAAGACAAUGAUUAUGUUAUUACUCGUUGCAGAAAACUUUCCGGAUCUUCAGGCAGUGAAAGUUCUACUGAGCGAUCAAAACAAACACCUAAUAUUCGUGUAGAAAAAUCAAGAAAGUCAAAUGAACGCCAUUAUGAAAGACACUCUGAAUCUUCCGAUGUUGAUGAGAAAUGUAAAUAUAAGCAAUCACCGUCUAAAGUAUCAUUUAAAUGUAGUCAGUCUCCUGCAAAUGUACAUACAAGUGACUAUACGUCGUCAUCAUCAUCAUCAUCGAACAGUGAUAAUGAUGAUGAGAGUAUACAGCCUAAAAAAACACUUCCUCGUAGAGCAGCUGUGCCAGUUUCGGAUGUAUUUACUAAAAGUUCUGCAAGCUCUACUGGAUCAAGUUCAUUAUCAUCAGGUGAUGAUGAUAAUGAUGAUGAAAGUUCUGGUCCAUCAACUGAACCACAAAACGAUCCUGAAGAAGCAAAUAGAUAUAAGAAGUAUCCAUCUGAUGUACUAUCUGAUUUAUCCGAUAUAUCUGAUUUAUCAGACUCUAAGUCUUCUAUUCACAAUCGUUUAUCACCUGUUGAGAGUUUUCAUUCUGAACCUACGCAAAAUGACAAAUCCAGUGGUGAUGAUGAUAUUCAUUCUUCACCGAAUUCCUCACAAUCAGAGAGUGCUUUGGAGGAAUCAGAUGAUAAUGAAGCGAAAUUAUGCGAAACUUCCACUGAAAAUCAGAGAUCCCAAGAUGAUACCAUUUUCCAGAAGUCACCUGUCUCCAAGCCUAUGCAGUUGGCAAGUGAAGAUCGGCGAAAGCCAGGUAGACCACGAAAGAGUAAGGAGCAGUCGGUCAAUAAUUUAUCCCAUCUCAGUCCUCAGAAGACUACAUGCAAUUUAACAGGUUCUUUGGACUCUGCAAACUCCAGUUCCGAUGAUGAUCUCUUACAGAUGAAUAACAGUACUUCAGUUGAUUUUCCUGUACAUAAUCGUAUUCCCACAAAACCUAAUCAAUUAAACUGUCAAUCACGCCCUGACUGGUCUAUAUUGCGUGCAUCUUUGGAACUUCCGCCUCCGGAUUAUACAAAAUCCUUGACGCAUGACUAUCAAUUAUCCGCGAUUUCACGUAGAAAACAGAAUCUUGGCAAUUUGUACAGAAAUGAUAACAACUAUGCAUCAGUCACAGAGCAAAGAAAUAAGCCUCCUGAAUCUGAUAGUUCAAGCAAAUUUAGUUUGAUUUCCGAUCAGAAAGUUAAUAAAUAUCCCCCGUACCAGUCGCCAAGAUUACCUUUAUCGAGCAUCACAGAAGAUUGUGAUGACCUGGAAGUACCUAUAAAGCGUAUGAAUACAGCUAGUAAUUAUUACCAUGACGGGGAAACGUUAAAGUUGGAAAAUUUGAAUGACGAAAAUGCACAGAGCGAUUCAACUGAAUCCGUAGAAAUUGAAGAGACUAUAAAAAACAAAUAUGCAUGGCCUAAUUUCCUACUCAUUGAACAUAGUUACUUCCAUGUACCUGAUAUUGGUUCAGUCAUUCGUUAUCGUUCUACUAAACGUGUAACUAAACCCAAAUCAAUAACUAAAGAUGCUGAGUCUACAGAAUUUUUCGCUAACAGCCAUUUCACUUCAGCAGAAAAUUUAAGAAAGCGUUCUUGGCAUGCAGAUAGUCCGGAGGACAAUUGUGAUACCAGAGAUAAUGAUCCCAAUGCUUAUUCUUCUGCAUGGUUCAACAUGUCGAAACGUUUGAAUAUGUCAGAAUCUCUUGUAAAAGAUGAAGAACAACUUCAAGAUUGUAAACCUUAUCUUAAAUCAGAUAAGUUUUCAAGGGAAGAGAAUAGAACGCCAAAGAAUGCUGAAACAAAGUCUAAGACCGUAAAAGUCCGUGGUUCACGUGAACUGGCUAGUCUUCUUGAACCAGUAGAUAAAUCAGAAAUUCGUCGAUUUGUAACCAACUCCCAUGACACUGAGAAGGAUGAUAUUCACAAACACUUAUCAGGCGAACGGGUUACUUCAAAAUCACGGGUGCAUUUCGAACCAAGGUCGGCAUCGGAAGAAGAUUAUAUACUAAGAAGCGUUCUUCAUCUGGGUAUGGAUGCAGAAGACCUUGGUUUCCUAUGUGAAGCUUACCAGAUUUUGCUGAAUAAGUGUCGUUCACCAUCAGAUACCGUUUCAUAUCCAGAUUCUGAGCGAAAUAACUUCCCUAUGAAUACCGCAGUUACUGAUCCUCAUGUUGCCACCCUUGUAAAUCUAUCACAUUGGAUAGAACAUCCUCCCACUCUCAUCCCAGACCCUAUCACUGUAAAAAGCUACAUUAAUGAUAAUGGUCGUCUUGUCACAUCACAUCAUUUGUCAUCAAGACGUCAGAAAUCAGUACGGCAGCGACACCACAAUAAGGGUUCACGUUCUAAACAUUCUGUAUCUAAACAGUCUUCUGUUCGUCAACGAUCCUACGCAAGAUCAUCAGAUUCAAAUGAUGUUUAUUCUUCCUUAUCCGAUCAGUCAGUUGAUCACUCCCCUGGUGAACAUAACGUGAAUGAUUUAGCAAACCGGCCAAUUUGUAAAAAUGAAGGCUCUCAAAGUUAUUUGACUUCAGUACCCCAACGCAUGUCAAGACGCUCCUGGCCAAAGUUUGAUGACCAAAUAAUUGCGGUAGCUAAAUUUACUGCAUCUUUGAAUGAUAGUGUUGAUACCGUCAAGGAUAAUGUUGAUAUCCAUCUUGGUCCUGCGGCGUGCUUACCGCCAAUUCACUCAUCCGGUAAUUUUUUUCUUAUCACUUUUACUAUCGGUAAAAUUCUUGUAAGUGUAUGCAUUAUGUAUGCAUAUAAAUUAUUGCAAACUAUUAAUAAUUUUGAAUCUUCGAAAAUACUCUAUUUUAGUUAAAUUUAUAAUCACAACCUUAUCCACUCAAACUGACGCAGUUAGUUAAUUUGUUUAUUCCUGUAGACUGACAUGACUUGUAUUCCAUAAACAUAAUUAAAUGAAAGUUAAACUUGUGUAUAAAUAAAGACUUUAUGACAAAUGUUAUUGCUAUUAUUCUUAAUUUCAUCGUCCAUAAAUGAUUCCAAACAAUACCAAAGCUACAGACGAUAUAAAGUCAUCAUACCUACUAUGCUCUUAUAUAUCUCUCUAAUAAUCUCCUUUGUCGUACAAUAUCACGUGAUGUGGAAUAUUACUCUACACUAGUGUC